AAUCUACCUCUUCCAACUUUUGGACUGGUAUGCCUCAUCAUUCAGCGUCCUGUUCAUUGGUUGCCUGGAGUGCGUGACGAUCUGCUGGAUUUAUGGUAUGGAAAGACCGUGAUGUUGAGAUUUGUUUUGUCGAAUUUCAGGUGAGUGGGAACAAACCAGAAACAAUUAUUUGGACUAAAGUUUUGUUCCAGUCCACUGCUAUUUAAAGCAUGUUGUCACACGCACAACCGUCGAUCGAUGAGUUCUGAGCCCAAUACUGAAAUGUGCCUUUGUGGACAUUAUGUGAUGUUUUGGAGUUUGAUUGACAAAAACCCGAGGAAACUGUCUCGUUGUGGCAAGUCAGUGAACAAACGGGUAUCUGUGAUUUUUGGAAAAUGGACACAUGUGAGGUGCGUGCAAUGAUCAAAUACUUACAGGUAAAGGGCGUAAAACCAAAACCCACCCAUAAACAUUAGACAACGCCGAGGAAAACCAGUGAACAGGUGGGUUGCGUAGUUCGACACCAACACUGACUGUGUUCUCCGGUUCAGCAAUGGUUUUGAUAUAGCACUGAAUAUUUAUUGCAGGUUCUAAACGUUUCAGUCUGGACGUGGAGAUGAUGCUUGGGCGACGAACCCCGGUAGUGCUGAGUAUCAUGUUAUCGUACAUCACCCCUGUUAUUCUGUUUGCAGCCCUGGUCCUGUCUCUCUUUAUGUAUGACCCGCCAAGCUACGGGACAUACAUAUAUCCAGUCUACGCCAAGGUACUUGGAAUCAUCAUGGCAGUUCUCAUGACUGCACCGAUACCGCUCAUGAUGAUAUACCAAGUCGCACAGGGGGAAGGGACCAUCAUGGAGCGUAUCAAAUUCGCAAGUAAGCCAUCUCAUGAAUGGGGCCCGGCACAACCAGAACACAGGAAAAUCUAUCUUGAACAUACACCACAAGAGUUCAUUAUGGAUCAGUUGCCUGGAGCAGAUCAGCAGGAUCACUGAAGAAAGAAAAUACCCAUAAGGCUGGUCGUUAUUGAUAAUUUAUAUACAGUUGGAAAUUUGUGGCGUUAUUUAUCAGAAAUAGGAAAGUUCAUUUACAUUUUAUACUCAGUAUGAAAUGGUGACUCUGCCUUCGUGUUAACAUAAUCACUCUUUUCUAUUUCGUAUGUAAUUAUAAGUUAUAGAUAUUUUAUUUCUCAGAUGUUAGAAUAUACUCAAAGGCCAAUGAUACGUGAAUUAAACGUACUUCCCACCAUGGAAUCAUGAUGCUAUAUUUAGCAUUUCAUAAAUAUGCUCGUCUUCCAGUUGCAAAAGCGAAUGUUUUAAUUAUUUAUUUUAUAUUAGUUUGUUGGAUUAUUUGAGACGGAUGUGUAUUUAUAUAACAAGUAAUAAAAUACCUCAUUCCAACA